GUGAUUGGUCGAAACAUUUUAGCGCGACGUACCACAGCCAAUCACAGGAUUGUUUUUCUAUCACGUCGGUGCACGGAUAGUAAGCUAACGGAUAAUGCAAAAACAAACUAUUAUAAAGAAGGCGGAUUGCGGCUCAACGGCGAUAUAGCGUGGCAGGGCUCGAUUAUCUGGAACGAGUGUUUCUUGUUAGGAUUUUAUUUGUGAGCAUGCGGUACGGCCGUGACUGCGAGGACGCAAGAAUUGGGUAAGCCGAGCUAACCAGCGUUAGCAGCAGCGUGCUAAUUUUCAGCGUUCCGCAAGGCCGCAGAGAAAUACGAGCACUGCUUCCUGUUGUUGCUUCAUUGAGAAUGUAGGCUGAGCUACGAUCACAACGUCAACCCCAAAAGUGUUAUCUCGGAAACGAGCGCAGUCGUGCAGUUAUUUGCACUUCAAUUUAUUUUAUACGAGCUUGCGAGCUACCUAGCUCGUUAGCUAGCUAGCAUGAGUGAAGUGACGGACUGCAAGCAGUCCGCUGACUCUGCAUCGAGGAAACGGUGUCCAUCACCCGAUAAGGAUGAAGGCAGCCUGAUUCCCAGCAAGUCCGCAAAACUUAGUGACCAGCCAGAUGAAACGAGGGUUAGUUCUGAAAGUUGCAAAGACAGUGAAGCCGAGAGUAAAGAAGCAGCCGGGAGCGAGGGCCAGUCGAAAGAUGGCAAAGAGGAACAAGCCGCUGUGAAAGCAGAUCAGGGUUCAGAGAGCACUGGUGGCACCAGUUCACAGCCUGUCAACAGCUCCAGCGCUGACAGCCACCACACCAGCAGUAGCACCGACAAGCCGCAGUCCUCGGAUGAGCAGGAGUCGGCUCAUGCAAAAGACAAAGCAGAGAAAACAGUAGAAACGGAGCGGCGUCCCACAGCUCCUCUGGACAAAUCCGACUCAGCUGCCAUAGCAGCUGCUGAAGCGCUGGCCAGUCUCACAGGGGGGGACGGAGAAGACAGUCAAGAGACUCCUUGUUCAUCUGAAAAGGCCAAGCAGGUGAAACAAGGGAGUAAAUUUAAACAGCGCGGGGGACACCAGUCCUCAAAAGUUGGCUCCAAAACACAAGCAGCGGCAGCAGAUAGCUCCACAUCUGUGCAUAGUACUGACAGAGAGGAUACAGAUGAUGUGCCUGAAGCAGAUGAGGGCGAUGAAUCGGUAUCUGGCUCUUCCUCCACACCGAGCUCCUCUUUCCCAUCAGACAAUGAGGAAAACGAUGAUGGCGAAUGUGCCAUUGUGUCUGUAAAGAUGGCUCCAGAGUUGAGGCAGUCGGUUGCUCUCCUGGCACAAGUACAGAUGAGGCUGGAAGCCCUUGAGAAGAAAAGUGCCCGGCUUCACCAGAGGCUGGAGUUGAAGAUUAGUCGUCAGCGGCGCCCGCAUCUGGAUCAGAGAAGUUCCAUCACGAAAACGAUCCCUGGGUUUUGGGUGACAGCUCUGUUGAACCAUCCUCAUCUCUCAGCUCACAUUGAUGAGACCGAUGAAGACGCUCUUAGUUACAUGACUGAUCUUGAGAUUGAGUCUUUCAAGAAUAACAAAUUGGGCUACAGAAUUCGCUUCCACUUCAGACGAAACCCCUACUUUCAGAACAACAUCAUCAUGAAAGAGCUGCACCUCGGAAUGGGAGGAUCUCCCAUGUCAUUCUCCAACCCCAUUCUAUGGCAUCGUGGACACAACCUGACAGCCCACAGUGAACCCAGGAAGUCUUCACGUGGUGUUUAUGAGACGUUUUUCAGCUGGUUCAGUGACCACAGCAGCCCAGGACAAGAUGAUGUAGCACAGAUUCUUAAGGACGACCUGUACAGAGACCCUCUGAGAUACUACCUCACUCCUCUCUGGGAACCGAGGGAGAACGGCAGCAGUAGUGGCACGGGGGCUAGAACGGCUGACAACGGCAACGGAGACGAGUGUGUUGUGAUCUCUGACUCGGAUGAUGAACCCGGUGAGGAGGCUGGUGAAGCUGAACAAGGCAACAGUAGGGAUGAGGAAGAAGAGGAGGAGGAAGGCGAAGAAGAAGAAGAAGAGGAGGAAAGAGGGCAAAGUGCAGAUGAGAGCCCAGGGGAGGAGGAGGAUGGUGGAGAGAUUGUGAUCGACGGCUCCGACGACAGCGAUCAGGAGGAAGAAGAGGAAGAGGGAGCAUAAGAAGAAGAAGAAGACGUGAGCUUGAAGGAGUCACCGUAGGGACCAGAGGAUGAAGAGAAUGCUUGGUUUGUGAAGACUAACAGCAAACAUUAAACCCUUCUUCCUGAUGUUAGUCAUUUUUAUGCACAGAAUAUCCAGUUUUGUUUUGUUUUUUUAUAACUAAAAUAAACACACAGAAGCAUUUUAAAUCAGGUUUAACUGUAACAACAAAGCCAAGGCAGCGCGUUUCCCCUCUGUUUUAUACAGUUGGUACUGUGUAUUCUGAUGUACUCUGAUACACUUUUUGCAGUUGUUUUUUUUUUCUAAGCAGAUUCUUGGGCAUAUUAUGCCUCCUGGUUCUUCUACUGUUUUUCGAUUUAAAGAGCAUUGUACUACAACCUGUACGCGUGUAGGUGAGUUUUCUGAUUGCCCCUAUUUGGUGGCAUAAAACUUUGCAUUGCAUAUUCUUCAAAUAACAGUGAAGCCUUCAGAGGCUUUAUUAGCAAUCUUGUCACAUUUGGGCUUUUCUUUUGUUUGUUUGUUUGUUUUCUGGGUUUUUUAGGAAUCGACAUGUGACAAAGCAAAUAUGUCACAGUUUAAAUUUGAUGUAGUUACAGUACAUUUUAGAUGCACUGAGUACUGAACCAAAAUUUGUUCUCAGGGAUGAUCAUGGCGGUAGUCGCGUUGAAAGAACCAUGCUGACUUUUCAGACAUUUACACACUCUGGUUAUUGUCGGUUGUGUAUAAAGAAACGUGUACUCUACUGUAGUAAGUAGGAACAAUUAUUGUUUUAAUAGACUACCUGUGUUUUGUUUCGGGUUUUUCUUUCUCCCCUGCUCUACGUGUCCUGUCUUGCUACACACCAGCCUCCAUCAGCAGUCUGUAAACCAUCUCUGGUGUUUAAAAUUAUUGCGUAGUUUGACGUUUUUGUGGAUUUUUGUAAAGCACUCCUUGAGUAAGAAGCGUUUUGAUAUUUGAUUUUCUUUUAGAUUUUAACUUAAUUUGAAAUUUACUUUCUAAAUCAUUGAAGGUUUAAUCUAAUGUAAUGUGUUUAAGGUUUGUGUUAUCUGCUUAAAAUGAUGGUAUUUAUUACUUUGUUUUUCUACAAAUCCACAUUAUGGCAUGCCUGUGAGCACGAAAUAUAAGAUGAAGUGAUUAUAUUCCUUACAAGGCCGUGUGGGGGGGGGCGAAGUAAUUUUCUGCGCACAGUGUUAGUAAAUGUUAAAUUCACAGCAACAGAUGGGGUGCACUGUAACAAAGCUAGUAUUUGUAUUGCUUACUUUUCUUAGCAAGGAACCUGUAAAUAAUACUUCUGCGUUGUCUUUUGGAUAAGGCAAAACAUGUUUAAUCCAUGGAUAAAUUUAUCAAAUAAUCUGGAGGGUUUUUCAUAAACAUGAUCAGAAGGUUAUAUUUUGUGUGCUGUGUUUUAUAGAACACUGUAGUUACAGAUACCUACUUGUUUGUUGUUUUGGGUAAUUUUUUUUCUUUUUUUGUUUUAAAGAUAAAUGUCAAGUUUUUGCUCAGACCUAAUAAAAUAGACAGUUGUUUCA